AACCUCGUGAAAACCUCCGAACUCCUCGAUCGCUGAGGCCAUGAGCUGAGCAGACGGAGGAGGCGCAAACUGUGGGGGGAGCCGAUCCAUACACGGCCGCCUUCGCCUUCCCUUUGGCCUGGGCAUUGGCAGCCUUGGUGCCAAUGGGCCGUCUAAAAGUAGACGUAGGUGUGCCGGAACUCCCUUUCGGCUCAGCGUUCAAAUCCACAGGAGAUGGGCGGCUGCUCGUGUAAUCUUCAAUUUCUCUCAUUUUUUUUCAGCUUAGAAAUAAUGAAAGAGGAAAAGCUUCAAGGCAUGGAGAAGGAAGAGAUUCAAGGAGUUGCAGAGAGCAAUUCGCCCUCAAACUUGCUUAAAAAUGCUAAAUCCAAUCUCGUUACUGCUACUAGCGAUGACAGUUUGAAGAAAAUCUUUCGCCAAAUCAAAGCCUCCAGAAGCCCCACGGUUAUCAACUACGGUGUCGGUGUUUGCAGUCAGAUCCUCCCGGCAUUCUGCGAGUUAAUCAGCAAGUUUUCGAAGCUGUCUUUUGUUUAUGCUGAUAUCGACGAAUGCCCAGAGACGACGCAGCACAUACGGUACACGCCCACGUUCCAUUUCUACAGAGACGGUGAAAGGGUUGACAAGAUGUUUGGGGCCGGAGAAGAGCGUCUGCAUGAUCGCCUCUGGCUGCACUCGUGGAAAAAGACGGGCAGUUUCCGACACGAAGACGAACACGACACUAAAUUAUCGUGUUAUGAUCGUGUCGACGUAAUAGAGUUGGACUCUAAGCUUUAACCCAUAAUUUUGUGUUUCUAUCAAAAAUGAGUUAAUGUGCUCUAUAAGCACACAUUACAUUACUAUCCACUUUUGGGUAUUUAGUUUCUUCAACAAACUUUGUAAAUACAUACUAUAAAAAUGUAAGAAUUCCACCUUUUUUUAUUAGUAUAAAUUAAC